AUGAACCUAAGUUUCUUCGACCAAUUUUCAAGCCCCUCCCUACUAGGAAUCCCUCUAAUCCUAAUCUCAAUGCUAUUCCCAGCCCUACUCCUCCCCUCCCCUGGCAACCGAUGGGUCACCAAUCGACUCUCAACCCUACAACUAUGGUUUAUCAACCUAAUCACAAAACAACUAAUAAUACCACUCCAUAAAAAAGGCCACAAGUGAGCCCUAAUCCUAACAUCCCUUAUAGUCUUCCUACUACUGAUCAACCUCUUAGGCCUCCUGCCCUAUACCUUCACACCAACCACCCAACUAUCCAUAAACCUAGCCCUAGCCUUCCCCCUCUGACUCGCCACACUCUUAACAGGAUUGCGAAACCAACCCUCCGCCUCCCUAGGCCAUCUCCUCCCAGAAGGCACCCCCACGCCCCUGAUCCCAGCCCUAAUUAUGAUCGAAACAACAAGCCUCCUCAUCCGCCCCUUAGCCCUAGGCGUCCGCCUAACCGCCAACCUAACCGCAGGCCACCUCCUCAUUCAACUCAUCUCCACCGCCACAAUAGCCCUAUUCUCAACAAUACCAGCAGUAUCCCUACUAGCCUUACUAGUUCUUUUACUUCUAACCAUCCUAGAAGUAGCAGUAGCCAUAAUCCAAGCCUACGUUUUCGUCCUACUACUAAGCCUUUACCUACAAGAAAACAUCUAG